AUGUCGUUCAUUAAGACCUUUUUUGAUAUGCCAACAGGCCAUGGAGCAUGGUGCUGGAACAGGCUUGUACAGCUGCUCAAAUCAGCAGGCCAUCGAGUCACCGCGCUGGACCUGAGCGGCAGUGGAGUUGACCCGAAACGGCUAAACCAGAUAACUUCCUUUUCCGAGUAUGUUAAGCCAUUGAUGGAGCUCAUGGCACCUCUAGCUGAAUAUGAGAAGGAUUUGAUAUUAGCAAAGAUGUUGGUGAGACCAAGUAGGCUGUUCUUGGAGGACCUGGCCAAAGAAUCCAUGGUGACAGAUGAAAGAUUUGGGUCGGUUCGGCUGGUUUUUGUAGUGUGCGACGAGGAUGGGCUAUUGCAAGAAGAUUUCCAGCGCUGGCUUACUGAGAACAGUAAGACCAAGGAGGUGAAGUUGAUAUUGGGAGCUGACCACAUGGUUAUGCUUCUGUCUCUUCCAAAUUGCUGA